AAAACCCCUCUGCUCGCCGACCCCCAAUAAAAACAACGACCACCACUUUCCCACAUCCCUCUCUCCCAUACAACCCCUCCCAUCACCAACCCUACCAUUUUUUCCGGUCAAUAACUCGCCGGAGUUUUCACCAAUGCUAUCCAUUCCGGAACAACCGUUGCCGGUACUCCAACAAAAACGGCCCAAAAGCCCAGAACCGCUCAACUUACUCAGUUCGCUCAAGCAGCUCAUCCACCACCCCCGGACAUGGCUACUCAUGGCCAUACUUUCCCUCCAAGUCAUACUCCUCUUUUCUCUCGGCACCCGCCGUUUCUCCCGCCAAGACCUCCCUCCGCCGUAUGGUUCUGUUGCUGGAUCAAUAGUCCUACCCGAACAGCAGGAAGAACAAGACGAAUGCUGUUCGGGUCGGGUUUUCGUCUACGACUUACCGAAUACUCUCAAUCAAGAGAUUCUACAAAACUGCGACAACCUCAAUCCGUGGAGCUCGCGCUGCGACGCGCUGGCGAACGACGGGUUCGGCCAGCCGGCCAACGGGAUCGCCGGAGUCGUGCCGGAGAAUCUUGCUCCGGCGUGGUACUGGACCGACCAGUUCGUAUCGGAGGUGAUUUUCCACAACCGGAUCAUGCACCACAAGUGCCGGGUCAUGGAGCCGGAAAAUGCCACGGCGUUUUACAUCCCCUUCUACGUCGGUCUCGCCGUCGGGAAGUACUUAUGGUCCAACUCCUCCACCGCGCAAGACCGCGAUCGCCACUGCGAAACGAUGCUGAGCUGGGUCCAGGACCAGCCGUACUACAAGAGAUCCAACGGCUGGGAUCACUUCAUCACCAUGGGCCGGAUCACCUGGGACUUCCGCCGCUCCAAGGUCCCGGAAUGGGGCUCCGGCUGCAUUUACAAGCCCGGGAUGCGUAACAUCACGCGCCUCCUCAUCGAGCGGAACCCCUGGGACUACUUCGACGUCGGUGUUCCCUACCCCACCGGAUUCCACCCCAGAACUGACGCUGACGUCACGGAGUGGCAGGGCUUCGUCAGGAACCGGAACAGAACCACGCUCUUCUGCUUCGCGGGAGCCAAGCGCAGCCUUAUCAGGAACGAUUUCCGAGGACUGUUACUGAGUCACUGCCAGAACGAGUCGGACUCGUGCCGGGUCGUGGACUGCGGCGGGUCCAAAUGCUCCAACGGCACGUCGGCGAUUCUCGAGACGUUUCUCGACUCGGAUUUCUGCCUCCAGCCGAGAGGGGAUAGCUUCACCCGGAGGUCGAUUUUUGACUGCAUGGUGGCCGGUUCGAUCCCGGUUUUUUUCUGGAAGCGGACCGCGUAUUUCCAGUACGAGUGGUUUUUACCAGGCGAACCGGAUAGUUACUCGGUUUUCAUCGACCGGAACGCCGUAAAAAACGGGACGGCCUCGAUAAAAAACGUGCUCGCCGGUUACAGUAGAGAAGAGGUGAGAAAAAUGCGGGAGAAAGUCAUCGAUUACAUUCCGAAUUUUCUGUAUGCAAAACCCCAGGAAGGGUUGGAGACGGUAAAAGACGCUUUUGACAUUGCCCUUGAAGGUGUGUUGAGGAGGUUCAAGGAGCAAGGAGAGUGGGGGUUCAAGUGGAAAUGACGGGUAAAUGAGGAAAGUAAAUUAUUUCAUUUAUUUUUUUAUUACUAUGUGGCAUAUAUAAAUUGGGGUUAGGUAAGGGUUCCCAUACUGCAGGGGAAAAGCUGUUAUGGGCAGAUGGGAAAAGCUGCUAGCGGUUAUAUUAGUUACUACAGGUUUUUUGUUUUUGGUAAAGAGAAAAGAUAGUACUAUUUUUUUUAGUUACUGUGAAUUUUCAUUUCUGUUGAGACUGGGUUUGAUAGGUAGUGUAGUUGUGAAUGUGAUGAUUCACUUAUUCAGUGCCACACAUUGGUGUGGUCCUUAAAUUGCUCGGUUAGGUUUGGAGGGACAUGCCCUAUGUGAUAUGGACUUGUGUCUUUCCUUUUUCUUUUGUAACAUGUAUAGCAUGCAUUAUAGAAAGUUGAAUAAUGAAGGUGAUAGAAAUUUACCCAAUAAAAUGAAAUAAGAAUUUUAUGUGUUUUGAUCA